UCUGACCACUCCACUUUUAAUGAGGAUGAUGGAGAUUCUCUGGGUAAGCUUACAAUGUACAUUUUGUUUUAGCCAGUUCCCUCCUUCUCCCAAAUCCUAAUCCUGUCCCCUAAUUUCGAUGGUCUUAUGCCUAAACUUUAUUUUCUUACACUAACCUUUCAGUUUAUUUCCUGACAAUGUGAACCUGUUUCCUUAUACCUCUCAACAAUUCCUAUAUAUUCAUCUAACGCUAAGGGAAGAGAACAGCUUGAUUAUGGCGAAGUAUCUGGGCUCAGUCAAAUAGAUUAGACUCCAGUUGGCAAUUUGAAAUCCCUUGCACUAGUGCCAUUCUGUCUACAGGAAUGCUUGCUUAUCUGGGGAGGUAGGGUUCUGUACAAGAAUGUCUGACUUUGACUGGAGGUUGUAUUUCUGGAUAGAGUUUGUUGUCUGUGGGUCUAUUUUAGAAUCUAAUUACCGGUACCUUUGUCUGUUGGGCUUGGAGUUAAUUUGGGCACAAGAUUACCUGACAGUUCAGCAUAAGACCAUCUGUGAGCGAGCCUAUUUCAGUGCAGGAUUUUGUCUUUGGAUUUGUCACGAACUGUCCCUUCCCCACAGGCUGUUUCAGUUGGAACCAGAGCUGGUCUUCCUCUUUCACUAUAACUCGGCCGAGUUCUCGGACGUCCAAGAAUGCCUGAGUUCUACUGAGUUCAUGGAGCAUAUCCGCAAAGUUAUGACUGUUAUUGAUGCAGCAGUGGUCAAUUUGGACUCGCUAUCAUCUCUGGAUGAAUAUCUGACCAAUUUGGGGAGGAAGCAUCGAGCUGUGGGGGUUAAACUGGAAUCAUUUAAGACUGUUGGUGAAUCCUUGCUCUUUGCUUUGGAGUCGGGCCUGGGAGAUGCUUUUACGCCAGAUGCUCGGGACGCUUGGAGCCAGCUUUAUGCCACUGUGGUGAGAAGAAUGAGCCGUGGCUGGUGCCGUGACCCUCUGGAGCCCUGAUGUGGCACACACUAGAACACUCACCACUCUGCAGGUGUACAGCAGUUGAAAGCCUCACCAACGGACAUUCAUGUACUGUGCUGCUGGUAUACAGCAAUGCAGAGCCUCUUUGGCAGACACAUACACAUCGCUCUGCAGGUGUACAGCAUUGCAGAGCUUCACCUGCAGAUAUCCAGUUGCACAGAGCCGCCAUAGCAGACAGAUACAAACUAUUCUGCAGGUACAGAGCAGACGAGAUCCUGAAUUAAUGUAUUUUGCUUUGUCCCUACUCUGGUGCAGUGCUCUAUACAGUUACAUAUGCAGUAAUAUAGACACUGCAACACAUAAUAGGCUGUGAAACUGUUAUUGUAUGUUUUGUGAACUUUGAUGCAGAGUAGUAAGUGCAUCCAAAAACAUAAAUAGCUCUGCUUGUAAAUACAGCUCUACAUCCAGUCAGCAGAGCUGUAUAUGUGUUGGAUGUGGGCCGAAUGUACUGAGAUGUUAAAGGAACAUGGUUCUCUCUUUUUUUUUUUCUUCAAAUAAUUGGAGGCUAUUUGGGAGGAUUUUUUCCUGCCUACCCAUCAUUUAACCUCAAUAUUGCUGCUCCCAUGGGUCGGAUGAAACCGCUGACCUAUAUCUAUCUGCCCUGCUACAGUACAUCAUUUGUCACCACCCUGUGUUCUCUCCACAGCAGCACAGACUAGUAGACUCUCUUGCCAGUCCAUUUAAAAAAAAUCUUUUGUAGCAAUUAUUUGGCAGUCAGGAACUUCUGUUUCAUAAAGACGGCUCCAAAAGUAUCUUUUGGAGCUCGAAGUUAAAUGAACAUCCUUGUGCACAAUGUUCUCACCGACAAUAAAUCGGCAUUCCACUGACAGUCUGGUUUGUAAGGCUUUAAUUGGACUCAAUCAGCAGAAUACCGAUGUAUUGCCAGCUGGUUACAGAAAGGUGGGUAAAAGGAUAUUUAUUUUAACUUAGAGUUGCUAAUGAUCUUCUGGACCUCUCUGUAUGAAACAAACGAACUGAUCGACCACCAAAUAGAUGUCAUAAUAUAAAGAAAUGAAUGAACAACAAGGGCAGUAAGGCUACUAGUUUGCUCUGCUGUGGACAGGGUGGUGAUGGAUGAUGUCACCUGCCCGGUGACAUGUUGCAGCAGGGCACAUUUAAAAAAACAAAACAAAAACUGGCCUAGAUCAAGGGUAGGCAACCUCCAGCCCUGGGCUAGAUAGCCGUUUCAUCCGAACCAUGGGAGUAGCAAAAUGAGAGAAAUUAUGAUUGAAAGACUGAGGCAGGGAAUUUUAACAGUUUGUUUAAAAUAUAAUUUAAAUGUAAUCACCACACUUACCAUUCAAUUAUUUAAAGGAAAAUAAAUGUGGCCAUGUUCCUAUAAGCUUCAUGUAUUUGGAAGGUGGAGCUGUAUGUUUUGUAAUACCUAGAGAUGGACAGCAGUCAACUUUGGGACAAGGAAAUGGAUUUUAAUGCUGAGCUAUGUAUAUUGGGAUUAUAAGGUCACAUGUUGAUGAGGAGCUAAAUCCACAUCAUUAACAUUAGGAUGCAGGGAAACAUUCUGAUGUGUUCAUAUGUGACAUGGGAUCGUGAUGCAGAGAUUUAUGUAAUGGGAGUACUGAGAUUUUUUUCAGUGCUUAUUCAUGUAAAUUUUUGUAUUGGGGAAAAUGGUUUCUAAUCUGGAACUGUAUGCAUUGGGACAUGAGCAAUUCUGAUAUAUAGAUCUACAUAAAAUAUAGUGGGAAUGUAUGAACUCUUAAUAUAGUAUAGUGGGAAAUUGUUACCGAGUUAAAAUGUAUUUAGAUGCAGAGCUUAAUGUAUGUGUAUUCAGAGUGGAACUUUUAUGGAGACAUAAAAAUUUAGACCUGAUCUA